CAAUUAAUGCGCAGUCGUACUCGAGUACUCGGUUGGUGACGACAAUCCGCGUGUCAGGCAGAUUUCUUUUAUUUCUAGUGAUUCUUUAAUAAUAUAUAUAACAGGUAAAGCAUUAAUGCACUGCACAUUUAGUUAGUUUUCCCUUUUUGUGCACCCACUGUAUCGAUUGCGUUUUAACAAGAAAGCACAGGAGUGAACUGUAGUCUAAAAUAUAGGACAUGGGGAUGCAUUUUGCAAAUGUGUCGAGACGGACGCAGUGAUACUUUUACUGUAGAUUUGUACUUUUGUAAAGCCAGGAGGUGUAUCCGUGGCGAGGGAGGGCUGAAUCAGUUUAUGUAGGGCGUAUGAGGAAGUAAACAUAAACGAGCAAAACAGAGGAACAGGAUCUUCAGUCUUGGGGAGCAGAAAGACUAAUCUCCUCGAAAAUGCCUGCAAAGAAAGUCUGCAUCGUUGGAUCUGGAAACUGGGGCUCCUCCAUUGCCAGAAUCAUUGGGCAGAAUGUCAAAGCAUCCAACCGCUUCGACCCAAUGGUCAAAAUGUGGGUCUAUGAAGAGAUGAUUAAUGGGAAGAAACUGACAGAAAUCAUCAAUGCUGAGCAUGAAAAUGUCAAAUAUUUACCAGGUCACAAGCUGCCCAAGAAUGUGAUUGCUGUUCCAGACAUCACAGAGGCUGUGAAGGGGGCGACGGUCCUGGUCUUUGUUAUCCCACACCAGUUCAUUGGCAAACUCUGUGAUCAGAUGAAAUGUCACGUCACAGAGGGAACCAUCGGGAUAUCGCUCAUCAAAGGUGUCGAUGAGGGACCAGAUGGAUUGAAGCUCAUCUCGGACAUCAUCCGAGAAAAACUAGAGAUUGAUGUCAGUGUCCUGAUGGGGGCCAACAUUGCUAGUGAGGUGGCAGACGAGAAGUUCUGUGAAACCACCAUUGGGGCAAAAAAUGAUGCGAAUGGCCAUAUCUUCAAAGAGCUGCUUCAGACCCCCAACUUUCGCAUCACUGUCGUACGUGAGAGUGAUACUGUGGAGCUGUGUGGAGCCUUAAAGAAUAUUGUGGCUGUAGGUGCUGGAUUCUGCGACGGUCUUGGGUGUGGGGACAACACCAAAGCAGCAGUGAUCAGGCUGGGUCUGAUGGAAAUGAUUGCUUUCGCUAGAUUGUUCUGUAAAGGCACAGUGAGCUCCAGUACAUUCUUGGAAAGCUGCGGUGUGGCCGACCUCAUCACCACCUGCUACGGAGGGCGGAACCGCAAGGUUGCAGAGGCCUUUGUUACAACAAACAAGUCCAUUGCAGAGCUCGAAGUAGAAAUGCUGAAUGGUCAGAAGCUUCAGGGUCCUCAGACUUCAGCUGAGGUCUACAAGAUCCUACAAAAGAGGAACAUGGUCAACAAGUUUCCCUUGUUUGCAGAAGUCUACCAGAUCUGCUUUGAAGGCAAAGCAGUGAAAGAGUUCAUCAAAUGUCUGCAGAACCACCCAGAGCACCUGUGAUGUGACCAGUAUAGAGACACUGCUGCUCCUCCAAUAGCAACUCACUUCCACUAGAGGGUGACAGAGAUUCAUGAGCUACAAGUUCGACAAUACGACAAAGCAAAUACAACCAAGGACACUUUUACUCAAGAUGAUUUUUACUGAUGACAUGAUAGUGGUCAGUAUUAAUGAAUAAAACUCCUAAGGCUGACCACUCCUCUUGUAUUACUGCCAGAGAAAUUGUUAUAAUUUUGUAUGGUGGUGACAGUGUUUGUCUGACUAGUGGGAUUCUGUACUUCACUACAUGACUGUUUAUAAUCACAAAAUUAAAGCUAAAGAUCUAAUUUUUUAUCUAUACAUCAAGUUGUUUUCUCAAUAAAGCCAAUUCAUAAACUGGAAA